GGUCAUUGUGUGUUCCGGCAAUCGGUUGUCGUAGGGAGGCGAGGCCAUGAAGACGGAAUCGAACGUGCGAAAGAGAGGAGCUGCCGCCGCUGCUAGCGAGAUGCAUCCGUGGACAAAAGACUUUCAUUCGAUCGACCUAGGUGCAUCGACGAACAAGACCCAGAAAUCGCAAGAGCACAGCGAGUACUUUAGCGUGCAUUGGAUCCUGGCACCGCUCCUGCUGUCGUGGGGCGUGUGGAACUGCAUCAUGGUGCCCCAUGUCCUCAACAUAUUGGCUGCAAUUUCAAUCGGCGCAUUGAUCUUGUUCUCCAUGGUGGCCACGCCCGCGCCGACGUCGUCCACGUCAGACGACAGAGACAUGCACAACGAUCCAGGCAACAACAUGAAGUUCCGCAUCAACUUGCUUCCGUCCAUGAACGCAUGGUUGUCCUAUCUAUCUCGAACUUCGAUCGACACGCGCAAGCCUGACGAACCACCGAUGCUGCGCUUGCAUCGAUCAACAUCGACGACAUCGACUUUUUCGUCUGACAGUGAGCUCGAAUUUGCCGUUCGCUGCUCCGAGUCGACCAUUGCGAUCGACGACGACUUUGACAUGUACCAGGACGAUGUGUGCGACCCCGAAGACGAUGAGGUUGUCUGGGUAGCCCCUGACGCCCUCAACUGUUGGAUGGUGGCACCAGCAGCCGCAAAGGCCCCAUCACAACCACUUGAGCCCCCAGUCGACUCCAUCAUCACCGAAGAAGGGCCACGAGAAAGGAAGGACCGAAGUACCCCCGACGUCCCAGUCGCCACAAAGCGAAAGGUGCGUGAGGAGCCAACUUCUACCAGCGGACGACCUGUGUCGACGAAACGGCUCAUCGUUGCAAGCCCACCGAGGCGCCUCCCCAAGUCGUCCCUGUGUCGGUCUCCAGACGUCCGGCGCAUGAUGGAAGAGCUUGAGCGCAUGCAAGAGGAGAGCGAUGCGCUGGUCGUGGCAGCGGAGUCGGUCGGUCUUGGCUCGCGAUGUACAAUGAACGAGCGCCUUCGGCGCAUGCGUCGGGCGUGAAGUGGGAAUAAAAGUUUCGAAAAAAAUUAAACGUGAUAUGUUAAAAUGAUAAAACAACCCAAGAAGUCAAAAAAAAACUAAAUAUGUUCGGUGUAUCAGUGG